ACAAUAGUUGAAUCUUCAAUAAUAAAGGUAAAAUUCACGAUUAUAGAAAUUGCGCCAUAAAUCUGAAUGUUUGUUUACAAUUUGACGAUUAAAAUAAUCCGAUAAUUUUGGCUGUGUAUAGAGGAUUAUUUGCGUACCUAUAACUUUCAGAAUCGAUGGUUGCCAAUAAAGUUCUCACACUCGUCUUAAUACGAGAGCAUGCAAGAGUGCUGCUUGGAAUGAAAAAGAGAGGGUUCGGUCAAGGACGCUGGAAUGGUUUUGGCGGAAAAGUUGAGCCAGGAGAGACUAUCCUUCAAGGAGCACUCAGGGAACUAAAGGAAGAAAGUGAAUUAGAGGCAAAAUGUCUGGAUGAGGUUGGUCGGCUUAUGUUUGAGUUUGUGGGAGAACCUCAGUUGCUAGAAGUACAUGUAUUUACUGGCUCAAAAUAUGAGGGUGUACCCAAGGAAACACAUGAAAUGAGACCCAGCUGGUUUUCUACGGAUAAUAUUCCAUUUAGAGAAAUGUGGCCAGACGAUAUAUUAUGGUUCCCUCUAUUUUUAAAAGGAGUAAAGUUUUCUGGAUAUUUCCUUUUUGAAGGACAUGAUAAGAUCAUUGAUUACAAGCUAAAUGAAGUUGAUGAGUUACCUGUGUGACAUUAGUGAUCUAAAAUGUGACAAGUUUAUACUGUGAACUAAAUGAGAUUCAGGUCUCCGGCAAGUGUCAUGUUCAGUUCUAGUGUAUGAUUUUAACCAAAAUGAUAUCAGCUAAUAGAUGACAUUUAUUCUAGGGUAUAUGUUUGACCAGGAAUAGUCAUUACAGUUACAGUGAAGGGUAUUGCAUUAUGCACUAUGAAAUUACUAGGAUAUUUUGUAAGAUGCCAGUAUGUAACUUCAACACAAAUGCACCAAAUUUUAUACAUUUGUUUAUAACUGAAUAUUUAUCUUGUUUUGUUGUCGUUUAACAUGAUAUUUAGCUUUCCAUGUCGAAUAUGUCCAGGCUAAAAUGACCCGAUGUUCAUCUUCUUCUGUGUUUUUGUUGGAAAAGUUGACAUGUACAAAAUAAACUGUUUGCUAUACAUGGUACAUUUUGUCACUAAGGUAGCCUGGCAUGUAUACAGUAAAUCACCUCUCUUAAUGGUCACAUAUUAAAAUGCACUGAUUUAUCUCACCAGAGUCACCCAGUGUAACCAACAUAUAAAAAACAAAUUUUAAACACAUUCAGCGUUCUUGAAUCAUGUAUGAUGAUAAAUGCAAUGACAUGUGUAAUGAAUAUUUUACAAGAAAUAUAUAGAUAUAUAUAUGGCAAGAAUAUCAAUAAGUUGAGGAGCCAUUGAAAUAUUGGCAGUUAGAAUGUCUUUCGCCCAUUGCAUUGCAUUACUGAAAUUAACAUGUAAGACAGACCUAAUUACUUGUUGAGUGAUGACUUGGGAGACCCGCAUCAACAUUCAAGAUUCAGACUUUAGAUUCGAAAUAUUCACUGUCAAAAGAUCUUCAUCGUUUAUUGACUUAAUGUGAGGUGAUGUCAAGAUGCAAAAGCUGUCUUAAGAGGAUAAACAUAUACAAACGUAGAACUUUCAGUUUAUGACAGCUUUUUGAAUUUUAAUUAGCGUGUUGUAUUGUAAUUGAAAGACGAAUUUAACGUAUUUGUAAUAUAGUUAGGAAAUCUU